AAGAGCGUGUUGAAUCCCCAAUUAUAAGAAAAAAUAGAAUAUUGUCAUUUACCUAAAUAUUUUUUUUUGUCUUGUUAUAUAGCAGAUGAAAUCUUAUUCGCCAAAAAACUCUAAAUUUUGUUUCUUCUCUCAAAUAUAUCUUCGUCCUCAUUGCUUAAGCCAUGGUUCGUUUAUCCGUUUCUAAUAAAGUUGUGUACUAUGGCAAUUUACCUCCAUAUGAUCUUGCUUCUUUACCUCCCGAAACACAACGAAAGAUGAUUGGUGAGACUUUGUACCAAAUGGUGGAAGAACUUGAGCCACGGUUUGCACCAAAAAUCACAGGAAUGAUUCUUGAACUGGACCAAGACAGGGUCUUUCAUCUGAUGGAAUCACCUGAAGCCCUCAAAGAAACUGUCAAAGAGGCAAUGAAGAUCUUAGCGGACUGGAUUCCGCAACAGAUGCAACUACUAGGGAAAGAAGAUGCUUGCAAGUUCCUAGCUUCCAUGCUUCCUGCUAAACUAUGAAAUGUUUAUUUGGUUUUUGUUUAUUAAUAUGAGAAACAAAAUGUGGCUUCAAGUUGAGUUUUAAUAAAUCUUUGUUUUCGUCUAAAUAAAAAAAAAUCAUAUAUUAUUGUUAAUGUUAGUGUAUCCAAAUGUUUUAAGACAAUAAUGAGAAUAAAAAUGUUUUGCUUUGUCCAAAUAAAUAGUAGGGUGGUUG